UGGCAGUAACAGUGUACGGAUGAUAGUCUGCCUCUGCAGCGCACCAUGGCAACAAGCUCAGCUAAAUACUUAAGGAAACAUUCCUUCAAAAUUUUAACAGUUAGAUACACAGUUCUAUUGUUGCUGGUUGCGAGUUGUGCAUCAGGAGCUAUUGGAAACCAAAUUGUCCAAGAGGAUCAUUUAGGCAUACACAAUCAUGAACAUAAUGCAAAUGCCUUCCUUCCCUCAGAGGACAAAGAUGAAAUACAGAAACUCAGUCCAUCUGAGCAGCGAAAGAGACUGGUGGAGAUCGUGAAGAAGAUUGACACAGACUCUGACAAACAUCUGACUCCAGAGGAAAUAACAUUAUGGAUACAGAAGGUGUAUAGGACAUAUGCGCUGGAUGAUGCUGAGGAACGUUUCCCUGAGUUUGACUUAAACAACGAUGGGCUGGUGUCCUGGGAUGAAUACAACAUGGUUAUGCAUGGUCAUACUGUGGAAGUGGAUGAAGAUGCUGCCUUUGAGGAUCCAGAGGAAGAGUCUCUCAGAUUUUAUUGUUGGUUUAUCCACCCACAGCUUCAUGGAAAGGAAAAAAGACGUUUUGACUUUGCUGAUAUGGAUGGCUCAGCUGGCCUAAACUUAAUAGAGUUUCUUGCAUUUACUCAUCCAUCUGAGGUGGACCACAUGGCUGAUUUUGCCAUUGAAGAUGUGCUUAGCGAAUAUGACUUGGAUAAAGAUGGAUUUAUUAGCUUGAGUGAAUUUAUUGGAGAUCUCAGAACAAAUGAGCAGGACGAGCCCUCGCAGUGGGAGGUUGAGGAAACAGUGCGCUUUAAGGAUCUGUAUGACCAGGAUAGGGAUGGCAAACUGAACAGGGAUGAACAGGUCCGCUGGGUUGCUCCAAACAGCUAUGGUUCUGCACGAGAAGAGGCUAUUCAUCUUAUCAAGGAAAUGGAUCAAGAUGGUGAUGAAAGGCUCUCACAGGCAGAGAUUUUAAAAAACCAAGACAUUUUCAUGAACAGUGAAGUGACAGAUUAUGGGAGACAGCUCCAUGUGCCACAUGAUGAACUGUAAUAAUUGGAACUUUAAUAAAUAGAAAAUUGUAUAAUUAAUUAUUGUAGUGUCACAAAGAAAGACUACUUGAUGUAUACACACUAAGUUUUAUCAGGUAACAUUUUCGCUGUUGAUGCAUUUUCUGAUACUUUAAUUAACACUGUUAAUAUCGCCACUUUAAAAUGUAGGGACAGCAAUAGACUUGAACGUUUUGA